AUGACGAGUAAAGGAAAUAGUAAAACUACACAACGAAAGGGUAAGCCAAAGAAACAAAGUACGGCAACCAACAAAAAAAAAGUGGUUGAUACUCACGUGAAAACGUCUUCCAAGGUUGAACAAAAGUCAUCGAAACAGGUCGCGAAUGAUAUUUCUCUUGUAAAAGGAAAAAGUAAACUCUUGAAAAAAGGCGUAAAAAGAAAAGUCGAAGAUAUCGAGGCCUAUCAGGUCUUACAACCGAAAUUGUCUCUAAAAGUUGGGUGUACACAUCUAAAAGAGUAUAAAGAGAAAAACCCGGAUACGUAUCUGAACAACUUCAGAUCCAUUGCAGAGCUAUCAAUGCGAUGGUACAAAUUUGGUAUUCCCAAAUCAAACAAGACAAGUAUACAGUUGUUCAAGCACCAAAAAUGUUCAGCUUGCAAUCUCAAGGGAAAUCGAUUACACGCAUGUCUUGAUUGCGUGUUCAUCGGUUGCUGGCGUGACAGAUAUCAUGCCCGUUUACAUUACAAAAACUCUAAUCAUAUCUUUGCAACAGAUGUGCGAAGAUUAGAAAUAUUUUGCUUCAAAUGCAAUGAUUAUAUAUAUGACAUUGACUACGACAAUGUCAGGAAACAUGAAGAGGUUCGCGCUGAAGAGAGAGUGUCCGAUAUCAAGGAACCCGCCAGGAAACGAGCGCGGUACAUACCUUGGAAACCAGACGAAGAGGAGGCGAAAAAGAUCGAAAGGAAUUCAUCUCCCUUUCCUUGCUCAGGCUUGAGAGGUCUUCUUAACAUGGGUGCGACAUGUUUCAUGAACGCCGUACUACAAACGUUCAUGCAUAAUCCGAUAAUCAAAAACUACUUCAUGACGGAUAAGCAUAACAUGAAGAUAUGUGGGACCUCGGGAUGUAUGUGCUGUGAAAUAGAUAACCUCUUUCAAGAAUUUCAUUCUGGAGAGAAGAAGCCAUAUCCUCCGUGCAGCUUUUUACAAUCAAUGUGGCUUAGUUCUAAGCAUCUUGCUGGCUAUUCCGAACAAGAUGCUCAUGAGUUUUACUUGGCCGCUAUUGAUAAGAUGCACGGUGACUCGCAUGAGACCAAACAUCAGGGAUUAAACGCAAACAUUCAAAAUUGUGGGUGUAUUAUGCACAAGACAUUUGGUGGUUGCUUCCAAUAUAGAAGAAAGUGCUCUCAAUGUGGCAUGUUCUCAGAUCGGGAGGAACAUAUGGUGGAUUGGCAGUUACAUCUUCGCGGCCUUGUCACCAAUCAGAAAAAGAAGAACGGUUCCAAAGCUUCGCAAGAAUCUAAUGUCAAUGAGAUGGAUGUUGACAAGAACAGCCUCGAAGACUGUCUUGAUAGAUAUUGUGAGAAGGAGCAACUGCCUGAAUAUAAGUGUGAAGAUUGUGUAACUCGAUUGACAAAUGAUCCAUUUGAUGAGAUCGUAAAUUCAUGUUCAAGGACGACAACUUGUAAGAAGUUACCUCCAGUUUUGACGUUCGUCGUUGAACGAUUCCAUCGUACUUCAACGAAUACGAUUAAAAAUGAGGCAGAAUUUGAAUUUCCUGAGGAAAUCGAUAUGGCAAAAUGGACUAGUCGUGGUCAUGAUAUCCUUGAAAAAGGUGGAACUUUGAAUGAUUUGCCGAGUUAUAAAUAUAAUUUGCUUUCUGUUGUUAAUCAUGAAGGCAGACUUGACACGGGUCAUUAUACGGUAUAUUGUAAAAGUCGUGACAGGUGGUUCUUGUUUGAUGAUCAUGCAGUGAAAUGUGCAAGCGUUGAAGAAGUUUUGCAAAGUAGGCGUAAAGCAUACCUUUGUUUUUAUGUUGCUGAUACUUUGGAGUACGAUCAACCUCGACCAAUAAAUGCUAAAAAUUCAAACAAACGAUGA